AUGUGCGGUGGUACAUACAUUAGUUUGAGGCUAGCUGCCAUCAUCAGUAUAUUCACCGGUAAUUCGCACGCCAAACUCGCCAUGAUGGACAUUGACAGCGGUGCCGAUGUCGACUUUGCCCGUGGCACCCACAACUUCCUGCAGUGGUUCCAGGCCCUGCCUGGCGCCACCUUUCACAAGGACAUCAAAAUCGUCGACAUGAGGCACCAGGAUGCAGGCCGCGGUAUCGUUGCUGCCGCCGACAUCGAGCCGGACACGGUUCUGUUUACUAUACCCCGCGCGAGCAUCGUCUGCGCUGCCACCUCAGAACUGGCGGCCAAGAUCCCUCACAUCUUCAACGCCGCCCCCGACAAUGGAGCCGGCUCUGCCCACAUGGACGACUCUGACGAGGAGGACGCCGGCCCCGAGCCGCACGACCCGUGGACCCUGCUGAUCCUCGUUCUCGUAUACGAGCACUUGCAGGGCCACGCGUCUCGCUGGAAGCCCUAUCUCGACAUACUGCCUUUGGAGUUCGACACGCCCAUGUUCUGGCAGCCCGCCGAGCUCGCCGAGCUGCAGGCCAGCGCCGUCGUCGCCAAGGUCGGCAGGGGCGAGGCGGACCGCAUGAUUCGGGAAAAGAUCCUCCCCGUCGUACGCGCCCAUGAGCACGUCUUCUUCCCCGCCAAUGGCGUCACGCUCGCCGAUGAGCAGCUGCUUCACCUCGCCCACCGCAUGGGCAGCGCCAUCAUGGCCUACGCCUUUGACCUCGAGAAAGAAGACGACCAAGACGACCAAGAGGGCGAGGACGGCGACGAGUGGAUCGAGGACCGUGACGGCAAGACCAUGAUGGGCAUGGUGCCCAUGGCCGACCUGCUCAACGCCGACGCCGAGUUCAACACGCACAUCAACCACGGCGAGGACUCCCUGACCGCCACGUCUCUGCGACCCAUCCGCGCUGGCGACGAGAUCCUGAACUACUACGGCCCCUUGUCCAGCGGCGAGCUUCUGCGCCGCUACGGCUAUGUGACCCCCAAGCACACCCGCUACGACGUGGUCGAGCUACCCUGGCCGCUCGUCGAGAGCCGUCUCGAGGAGCGCCUCCUCACGCGCCAGCAGCAGCCCGACUGGGAGGAGAAGAUGGCGGAACAACUCACCGAAGCCGGUGAGGACUUUGAGGACAGCUUUGUGCUCGAGCGCGCCACCGGCGAGCCUGAUACAACAGGCCAGCUCCACGACGACGCCGUAUUCGACGGCCUUCCCGACGAGCUAGGCGAGCAGGUCAAGGCUUUCCUCAAGGCGGCCAAGAAGGUCAGCAGCAACAGCCUGGUAGUCGAAGCCCUCGCCGACAAGGACACGCGCAACGAAAUCUACCUCGACAGCGUCCUCAAGGCACUCGGCGACAGAGAGGGCCAGUAUCUAACGAGGCUGGAGGACGAUGCUCGGCUGAUCCGCGCGGCGGAUAGGCCCCACGGACGAGAGCAGAUGGCCAUCUGGGUUCGGAGGGGCGAGAAACAACUCCUUCGGGAAGCCCAGGUAUGGGUUGCGGGGAAGCUGGACGGGCUCCGGAAUAAGGCCUCGGACCGGAGACCAGGGGCUAAUGAGGGCGCGCCGUCUACCAAGCGGCGGCGGCCUUGA